AUGGCUAAUAAUGAUACUGAUAAUAUAAUGAGUGAAUUUAUGAACUUAGAUAUUUGUUUAGAGGAUAAUAAUCAUGUUGGAGCACUUUCAGCAUUAGCUAAAAUUAUAAAUUACUUGAAAAAAAAUCUUCGUAAAGACAAUGCUGUUGAAAAAAAACAGAUCGUUCAUUAUGUGAUGAAACGAAUAUAUUUAAAUUUUGAAAACGGUCAUUAUAAAGGUAAGUUUGAAAUAAAAAAAAAAACAAGAAUUCCAAAACUAAUUCUUGAACAUAUUAUAUCUUAUAGAUGUUGUCGACGAUUUCAAUUAUUUGAUAGAGAUCGGGGAAAACAUUGA